GCUACCGUCUGCAGCGAGACGACGCCACCGGGUUCCAGGGCCUCCAUUGCCCCUUCCUUCCGAACGCCGGGCUCGCCGGGACGACGCAGGUGGUGGGCGGCCUCACUCUGUUCAUGAUCGCCGCUCUGUGGACAUGGCUCAGCCUUUCCAGAUCCGAGGAGGAUCCCAAGCCCAGCCACGUGGUCUUCCUGACCAGCAAAUACCAACGCCGAUACGCGCUCUUCGAGACGGAGCGCUUGAUCAGGAAGACGCUCUUCACGUUCAUCGGUGCCUUGCUGCCCAUUGCCUCCUCGCCUGCGCUGCAGAUGGGCUGCCUAGGCAUUGUGGUUUUGGUGUCGCUGUUCCUCUACUGCCGCUACAAGCCUUACCACUCGCCGGAGUGGAACUGGAUCGAAAUCUGCUUGCUCUUCGCCGCGAUGGUGAUGAUCACAAGUGUCUCCACUUUGCUUGCAAAUGAGUUCCACUGGGGGCACUCCGUACCCACUCAGCAGUCGAUCAUCUUCGCAACUGCAGGCAUUGCGGCGGUGGCUA